GUUUAGGCUAUCAUCUGUCAGGUCAUCUGAAGAGUACACACGGUUGGCGUACGGUGGUUAGCUGAUAACCACAAUCUUCGCUUACUGAGUAACGAUUUCUGUACCUGCGUAUAUGACGAGAAGCUGUAGUGUCGCCCCACAUAGGUUGUAACUGACGAGUGACACAUCUCAUGUCGCUGUACACGGGUGAAGUCGUGCUCGUGGCUGUCCUGCUCCUUCAUCGAGCCACAAAUACAGACGCUUGCGGAAAGGACAUUCAGCUUUCCAAUGUUACCAAAAGCAUAAAAUUAAUGUCUCCAAGAUACCCUUCUUUGUACAACAGUGCUCUGUCCUGCGGAUGGAGGAUAAGUGCAUCUUCACCAAAUCAUCUUGUAGGCGUAUCAUAUGUUGCACAGUUCGAGUCCAAUAAUUGUCAACAUGGCAGUCUGUCCUUCUAUGAUGGUUCAGACAAUUCCAGUGGAUUACUGUUACAACUGUGUGAAACGGAUCGUGGUGGUAUUCUCAGCAGCGGGUACACCAUGUACAUACAGUUUACUUCCAGUGCGUCCUCUAAUGGAACAAGCUUCGUUCUCACAGCCAAUAACACUGAAAGAUGUGGUGGAACGUUUAUAGCAACAUCACAGAUAACAAAUUUCACCGUACCCGGCGCUCCUUACGUCUCUUAUAGGAAUCUAAAUUGCAAGUGGAUUAUCACAGCAGAAAACGAAAACGAUACAGUUCAAGUCAAAUCAGACAUGCAAGUCUACUACUUUGGGUCCGCGUCAGAGUCCUGCAAGUAUGAUGUCGUUCGUGUGUACAACGGAAACACAACGGAAGCCGACCAAUUCCUUGGCGAAUACUGUUCAACACAGAUGCCUAAUUUCUACAGUUCAAAGAAAUCACUGUUGCUGGUGCUUACAACUGAUGGGAAUAAGACCAGCAUCGGUUUGCAAAUGCAAUAUUCUUCAAGACCAGAGGGCAACUGCAACAGGACACAUACAAUAUAUAACACACCUAUCUACAUCCUAUCACCUGGAUACCCCAAUUCCUAUGACAGCAACCUGACAUGCAAUAUACUCCUGUUCGUCACGAUGCACCCACGAAACAUGAGACUUGACGUCCUCACUGCUGAUAUGGCGGGCACCUACCCGGAAUGUGAUACUGAUUCGGUUCGACUUAUCGCAGGAACAGGACGUUAUUACUUGGCUGGAGAGUUUUGUGGAAAUUCAUCGCUUUCACCCAUUGGUCCCUACUAUUCAAACGGAAUAUUUAUGAAACUGCUAUUCCAGUCCAGCAGUGAUACCAGUGGCAAGGUUUUCCGACUUAAAGUGUCUCACACUUCACGGAAAGUGAUUCCACACCAAUCAGAGAAUUGUGGGCCACAAUUUCGCAAUGCAACGGCACAUCCGAAAAUUCUUUCUUCUCCCGGAUAUCCAGUUAUUUCUCCAAACCAAGACUUUUGUAUUUGGAAAGUGAUGGCGUCUGACCCUAAAAUGAUGGUGCGCAUCGUCGUAAUUGACUCUGACGCUCCGAAUUUUGAGUACGGAAUUCGAAGCUGCGGUUACAGAGUCACAUUUUACAACGGACCUUCCAUCUUUAAUGACACGAUAUUCUCCUGGUGUGGCGAUUCAAAACCAAAUCUGCAGACUACUGGAUCAGCUAUGACAAUUGAGUUUCAAACACGCUUUUCAAACAGUCUGAAAGGCUUCCGACUGAAAUAUUUCGCAACUAAUGAGACAUACAGAUGUGGAGGGACAGUAAAUAUUACGGAGGUUGGGAGUAGAACCUUGACAGGGCCGUAUCAAAAUUCACAAGAUUGCCACUGGACAAUACACGUCCCCGCCAGCAUGAACAUCAAGGUCAAAGUGACAAAUUUAAAUCCGUAUAUAAUACCAAUGGCCACAUGUAACGCCGAUUAUGUGGAAAUUUACAAUGGUAUUUUUGACAACACAAGUUCAACAAGCAAAUGGUGUGGUCAAUACAGCGAUGACUUCAUCAGCUCUGGACAUACCAUCACCGUCAGGUUCCACUCCGGGAUAGAUAACACACAUAGAGGAAUACGAUUGAUUUUCAAGGCGGGACACCUCAGUGCUUCACGGAUGACGAGUCUUUCGGCUAACUAUACGGACAAGUAUAUUGCUUCCCCAAAUUAUCCAUUUUAUUACCCGAGCAAUAUUGAACGCACGUGGAAGAUGGACGCAGGUGAAUAUAAUCGGGUCAAGUUGAAAGUUAUCUACUCGCAACUGGAGAGCUCUGUUGGCUGUCAAAAUGACUACGUUGAAGCGUUCGAUGGGUCGGAUUCCAAAGCUACCUCUCUUGGACGUUGGUGUGGAGGAACUAGACCAAACAAAACCAGUUCAGGAUCUUUAAUGUUCCUGAAAUUCAAGUCAAAUUCCCAUGUAGUCGACAAAGGAUUCAUUAUACGGUACACGGCAGAGUACAUGGGAAUAAACGAUUCGACAGACUUAACCUGGCCAAUUGUUGGAGUUUCUAUGGGGGUUGUAGGCGCAAUAAUAGGUGCAAUAAGUGGAAUAAAAGUGAGGCGCUGCUACCAAAAGAAGACAUGAUGGCAGCACGACAGUUUCAUGACUACAGAAAGGUUAUCAAGCAAAUAAUCUGUCAGUUAAAUCAUGAACUUAGCGCUGGUAUCCAGACAAAUGAAUUACAGCUCAAAGCACUUUGAGUUAGUGACACUGAUUAGCCCGUAGGCUUUGCCGAACAAAAUUAGUCUUCAGCAAUGACUUGAAACGGCUUAAUAUAAUUGUCGAUCGGAGUUCGGGUGGUAAAUUAUACCAUCGAUGUGGACCAGAUCUCCAUAAUGUUUUUAUAAAGGAUUUAGAUGUUUGUAGAAUGGUUUGAUGUCCCGACGGCAGUGACCGUAAAGGUAUAGGACUGAAUUUUACUCCUGUGUUCAUGAAACUGUAUACAUGUAUCAGGUGACGUCAUGUAUUUGGUUAGAUGAUUCUUAUUGUGAUUCUCACUUUGUUUAAACUUGUUUGAUGCAUAUAUACUCUC